AAUUUAUUAAUAGCCAAAGAUUCAACAGGGAUGAUCUCAAGAAGUCUAUCUAAAGCUUUUAGUGGCAAAUAUUGAGCAAUAAGAAGCCCUUUGUCCAUGAUCCAGAGAAGAUAUCUCCAUUCACAGCAGGCUAAAGCAAAAGAAUCAGCACGGAAAAUUCAUGAAGAGGUUCUCGAGCCAUGAUUGACAGAGGAAGAGGAAAUAGCAAAGAAAAAUGACCCUGUUGAGCAAUUGAAGAGAAGCCAAAUAAAUCGUGAUAGUACAAACCAGCAGCUCCCAGGAGAUGAUAGGUCCUUUAAAUCAGCAUUCAAGCUUUAUAGAAUAUUGUAUAUGAUAGCUGGAGUUAGUCUUUAUGCCUUAGUGUAUCAUGAUUCAAAAGCUUUAGCUGAGUAUAAGAUCAUUUUACAUGGACUAAGAACAGAAGACCCUAAGUUUACAGGUGUGCUAGUCGGCAAUGAUAAAUCUUAUUAUCUCAGACUUGAGGAAGGGCAUGAAACUACUGUAGAAGACUUAGGAAAGAGAUUUGAGAAAGAAAUAUCAAACCUAUCUAAACUUCUCUCUAACCAGAAAUACCAAGCAUCAAUAUAUCUCAGUUUAGGAAUACCCCUAGCAUCAUUUACAGUCCACCUACUGCACAUCUUCAAAUACAGAGAAUUCACAAAGGCAAUCCCUUUAAAGAUCCUCUGGAUCCUAAUUGCAUGUUUCUGUACAAGUUGAUACUCAUCUUCUCAUCUCCCAAUCCUCGAGUCAUUAAAAGGCAAGGAUCUUAAGGAGCAUAUCCUUUCUAAGGUGGAACUCCUCCCUUACGACUCAUACAUGAAUAACAGAGAGAAGUACGAUAAGAUGAGGGAUCUUUUACGCAUCAUUAAGCAGCCUCAAGAGAAGGAAAAAGGAAGACCAUUUUAGUCUCAAUUUCUCACUAAAA